GCUCGGGUGGAAGGAAGAAAAAUGGGAAGCUCGAGGGGACACCCUUUUUCACAACAUAUUCUAGAUGCCGACUUGCCUCAAGGGUUCCGGGAGCUCAAUAUCUGGUAUGAUGGGUCGACUGAUCCCUCUCGACAUCUCAGAAGUUUCGAAAACAUGGCAGUAUUGCACCGAUAUAACGACCCCGUUCAGUGUCGAGCAUUCCUGACGACCCUGCGAGGACCAGCGCAGGAUUGGUUUCAUCAAUUGCCCCCAGGGGCCGUCAGGGAUUUCGAUGGAUUUAGCUCGAGUUUCCUAAACCAAUUCGCAAGUGUAAAAGCUCAAGAAAAGUCUUACCUUACUUUGAUAGGUAUGCAGCAGAAAGAAGGGGAAUCAUUGAGGGACUACGUGGCGCGAUACACACGGGCGUGUGUCGACGUCCCCUCGGCUACUGAGGAGAUCAAGUCGGGAGGACUCACGCGAGGGCUACUCCCGGGACUGUGCAGAAAUUCUCUAGCGAAACAACCCGGAAGGACGUUCGAUGAAGUAUUGGGAAGGUGCGCCAAAUACAUGAAUGUCGAGGAAGCCGAAGCUGACUUUUUACAAGCGGCUAAAGCAAAAGCUGAGUCUCAGGACGAAAAGAAGGAUAGAAAACCGGUCUCAACGGUUGAAAGGAAGGGAUCCCCGAAGUCCGAAAGAGAAGGCCGUUCGAGGGGAUGGAGGGCAACCCAAUAUACCCCUCUGUUAGCCUCGAAUGCAAGGAUAUUGGAUGUGAUGGAGAAGGAGAUACGCGAAAAUGUUGUCAGAUGGCCACGAACAAGGAAGGAUGGGCCGACAAAACCUAAAAGUAACCUGUAUUGUCAAUUUCAUAAAGACUACGGCCAUAACACCGAUGAAUGUCGACACCUAAAAAAUGAAAUCGAGAGACUAAUCAAAGCAGGCCAUCUGAAGGAAUUCGUUUAUAAAGAUCGAGAACGAUCCA